AUGGGUCACGAAGAAGAGAACAAGAAAACAACGAGUCACGAAGAGGAGAACAAGAAAGCAUGGGAGAAGGGCGGUGCAAAGUACAGCAGCAAAGCAUACAGCGAAUAUUUUGAUCCAUGUCAAGAAGCUGCCGACAGAAGUUUGAGGUGUUUACGAAGAAAUGGUGGUGAUAAAGCACUUUGCUCUGACUACUUUGAGUACGCUUGUCUACACUCAAAUUUGUCUUCUGACGUAUGGACUAACAACGAAACAGANGCGUACCGCGAGUGCAAGAAGCAAUGGGUACGAACGGAAACACGAAUUCGCUAUCAUGUACAUAUGCUGACUUGUUGCAGNAUGGCAGAGAUGAAGGAGGAAAAGAGAAAGCAAGGCAGAUGGUGGUGA